CGAAGGAAGAACAAACCCCACCCACAUAGUUGCACACCUAGAAAGGGUAAGAACAAGGUGACCCUUCCUUAUAGGAUUUCCUAAAAUUGAACUUCUCCCUCUUUUCUCCCUUUCUUCCUCCCCAACUUGGCCGUACUCACUAACCGCCUUUGCUUUUCUGUUCUUUUCUUCACAGUUUAGGGAAGAACAAGGUACAGAAUAUUUUUUAUUUACCCAGAAACACUUAAUUUAUUGUUUUUAUUUUUUUUGUGGGUCACCAAAAAUUUAUAUUAAAAAACUAAAAAAGAAAGGAACUUUUUGACUCCCUCAUUUGAAAGAUUUGAGCUUUGGAGCUGAGCAAAACUUCCCUUGAGUUUGCAUGUCAGAGUUUCAGUUUUUCUGAGGAAAUAAGGAUGAAGAAUUUGAAAAUUUGAAGUUGGAGUUGAGGUUGCUUGUAUUGCUUUCUCCGUUUGACUCAAAAGCAGCAAAAAAAACACUGGAAUCAAGGAAAUAGAGAGAGGAGAGAGAAAGUUGAGCAUCAAUUUCAAUUCAAUGCAAACUCAACUAACAUCUUAAUAAUACAAAAAACAAUUACCAAACCCUGUAAACAUCAAAGAGUUGGCUCCACUUUUCUUGACUAAUUGUUGUUGGUUUUUUUUGGUUUGGUAAGAAAAUCUAAAGAAAAGACAGGAGAGAGAAAAAAUAGCUAAGAAAUUUGGUGUAAUUUUGGUGUGGGUUUAAUUGAUUUUAUCAGGAUUUUUAGUAGGAGAAGGGGGAAGAAAAAGAUGGCGAACAGGUGGUGGGCUGGUAAUGUAGCUAUGAGAGGAGUUGAACAAAUGUCUGAUAACCCUAAGAUGGAGCAACAACAGGAGAAUGCGAACAAUGGGAAUCAGAACCCGGAUUCUGACGAUAGCCGGGAUAAUAAUAACCAUGAGUCAGAGGAUAAUCAGAACCCGAGUAGCGGUGGCGGGGUUGGUUUUGAGAUGGUGGAGUUUGGGAGUGGAGGAAAUAGUGGUGGAAGUAGUGGAAGGCGGCCGAGGGGCCGUCCUCCUGGGUCGAAGAAUAAGCCUAAGCCUCCAAUUGUGAUUACUAAGGAGAGUCCUAAUGCGUUGAGAAGUCAUGUGUUGGAGAUUAAUACUGGUGCUGAUAUUGCUGAUAGUUUGGCUACUUUUGCUCAGCGUAGACACCGGGGAGUGUCGGUGCUUAGCGGGAGUGGAAUUGUUACGAAUGUGACUCUCCGUCAGCCGGCUGCACCGGGUGGGGUUGUAACACUCCAUGGGCGGUUUGAGAUUCUCUCGCUUUCGGGGGCGUUUCUCCCUUCCCCAUCCCCGCCUGGAGCAACGGGGUUGACUGUUUACUUGGCUGGUGGACAAGGACAGGUAGUAGGAGGUGGUGUUGUAGGGCCAUUAGUUGCAUCAGGUCCUGUGCUAGUUAUUGCUGCCACUUUCAGUAAUGCCACUUACGAGCGGCUCCCAGUUGAAGAUCAGGAGACCAAUGCAGCGCCUGAGGGUAACGUUGUGGAUGCAGGAGGUGCGCCCCCCGAAGCAGUGCAACAACAGGUGAGCGGUGGUGGGACUGCAUCUCAGCAAUCACAUGGGAGUGGAAGUGGUUUGGUUGCAGGAGGAGGGACUGCAACAGCAGCAACAGCAGCAGCAGCAGCUGAUCAAAGUACGUCUUCAAUGCCAAUGCCUAUUUUUAAUCUGCCUCCUAAUUUGCUUCCUAAUGGUCAGAUGCCUCAUGAUAUGUUUUGGGGUCCUCCUCCUCGCCCUCCCCCGUCUUAUUAAUAAUUAAUGGGGGUAAACUUUGAAUUUUGGGGUUAAUAUUGUUAGCUUUUAUGAGGAUGAGGUGGACUAACAAGAUUUUGUCAAAAAUUAGGGGUGCUUUAAUAUGUGGUUAGCUGGCUGUUGUAAGAAUUAGCUAGGAUUUCAGUUGGAAAUUAGCAGAUUAGGACUUGUGUUUUCCCAUAAUGGUAGUAACUGUUAGCGGAUUGAUCAGUAUUAGAUGUAUGUUAGUACGCAGUUGAUGAUCUUUUGUGAUAUUAACACUUCUUUCGUGGUUAUUCGAGAUUAAUUAAUUAA